AAUUACAGCACGAGGAGUUCGUUCCAGUUGUACCCUAUUAAAUUCUUGUUAAAGGGCCUGUCACCCCGUGAGCUCCGUGCUCUCUCUGCCUCCACGGAUAAUGCAGAUUGCUUGAGAGGAAUGAAGCCUGUAUGCCUUGCUGAAUUGCUCAGCAAAUGACUAUUGUCGGCUAUUUUGGAAUAACUGUUUUAAUGAAAAUUUAGAUGUGUGCAGUGCAUCAUCUUGGAGAUGGUAGUACUGCAAAUUUCCUGAAAUUGCUAUCGUACAGCGAUGUAGCUCGAUGUUCUGGUGGUGAACCAGGAACUCUCCAUGGUUUUUAUUUGCUGAGAAGCCGUUGAAGGGAAAUGAACACUAAACCUGAAGUGAAUGGACCUGACUGGACUUUUUGAGCCCAUCAAUAAACAUGAGCGGUACCAAGCCUGAUAUUUUGUGGGCACCACACCAGGUUGAUAGAUUUGUUGUAUGUGACUCAGAACUCAGCCUUUAUCAUGUGGAAUCGGCUGUGAAUUCAGAACUCAAAGCUGGAUCGUUGCGUCUAUCUGAAGACUCUGCAGCUACAUUACUGUCAAUAAAUUCAGAUACACCCUAUAUGAAAUGUGUUGCAUGGUAUCUCAAUUAUGAUCCUGAAUGUCUCCUUGCAGUAGGACAAGCAAAUGGUCGAGUUGUACUUACAAGUCUUGGUCAAGAUCAUAACUCUAAGUUUAAAGAUUUGAUAGGAAAAGAAUUUGUCCCAAAACAUGCUCGACAAUGCAAUACUCUCGCAUGGAAUCCACUGGAUAGUAACUGGCUUGCUGCUGGUCUAGACAAGCACAGAGCUGACUUUUCAGUUCUGAUAUGGGAUAUCUGCAGCAAAUAUACUCCUGAUAUUGUUCCCAUGGAAAAAGUGAGACUUUCAGCAGGUGAAGCUGAAACAACAUUAUUAGUAACAAAACCACUGUAUGAGUUAGGGCAGAAUGAUGCUUGUCUAUCUCUUUGUUGGCUUCCACGAGACCAGAAACUUCUCCUUGCUGGCAUGCAUCGUAACCUCGCCAUAUUUGAUCUUCGGAACACAAGCCAGAAGAUGUUUGUAAAUACAAAAGCUGUUCAAGGAGUGACAGUAGACCCAUACUUCCAUGAUCGUGUUGCUUCCUUCUAUGAAGGUCAGGUUGCAAUAUGGGAUCUUAGAAAAUUUGAGAAGCCAGUUUUGACUUUGACUGAGCAGCCAAAGCCCUUGACAAAAGUAGCAUGGUGUCCAACUAGGACAGGUCUGCUUGCCACUUUAACAAGAGAUAGUAAUAUUAUUAGGCUGUAUGAUAUGCAGCAUACACCCACUCCCAUUGGGGAUGAAACAGAACCCACAAUAAUUGAAAGAAGUGUGCAACCUUGUGACAAUUACAUUGCUUCCUUUGCAUGGCAUCCGACAAGUCAAAAUCGAAUGAUAGUUGUGACUCCCAACCGAACAAUGUCUGACUUCACUGUUUUUGAAAGGAUAUCUCUUGCCUGGAGCCCGAUUACAUCAUUAAUGUGGGCUUGUGGUCGUCAUUUGUAUGAAUGUGCAGAAGAAGAAAGUGAUAAUUCCUUAGAAAAAGAUAUAGCAACAAAAAUGCGCCUCCGGGCUUUAUCAAGGUAUGGACUUGAUACAGAGCAGGUAUGGAGAAACCACAUUUUAGCUGGAAAUGAAGACCCACAGCUCAAGUCACUCUGGUAUACUCUGCACUUUAUGAAGCAGUAUACAGAAGAUAUGGAUCAAAAAUCUCCAGGCAACAAAGGAUCAUUGGUUUAUGCAGGAAUUAAAUCAAUAGUAAAAUCAUCUUUGGGAAUGGUGGAAAGCAGCAGACAUAAUUGGAGUGGCUUGGAUAAGCAAACUGAUAUUCAGAACUUAAAUGAAGAGAGGAUUUUAGCAUUGCAGCUUUGUGGGUGGAUAAAGAAAGGAACAGAUGUAGAUGUGGGGCCAUUUUUGAACUCUCUUGUUCAAGAAGGAGAAUGGGAAAGAGCUGCUGCUGUGGCUUUGUUCAACUUGGAUAUUCGACGAGCAAUCCAAAUCCUGAAUGAAGGAGCAUCUUCAGAAAAAGGAGAUCUGAAUCUCAACGUGGUAGCCAUGGCCUUGUCAGGGUACACGGAUGAGAAGAACUCGCUCUGGAGAGAGAUGUGCAGCACACUCCGAUUGCAGCUCAACAACCCGUACCUGUGUGUCAUGUUUGCCUUCCUGACAAGUGAAGCGGGGGCUUACGACGGGGUCUUGUAUGAAAACAAAGUUGCAGUACGUGACAGAGUAGCAUUUGCUUGUAAAUUCCUUGGUGACACUCAGUUAAAUAAAUACAUUGAAAAGCUGACCAACGAAAUGAAAGAGGCUGGCAAUUUGGAAGGAAUCUUGCUUACAGGCCUCACUAAGGAUGGAGUGGACUUGAUGGAGAGUUAUGUGGAUAGAACUGGAGAUGUCCAGACGGCAAGCUACUGCAUGUUACAGGGUUCACCUUUAGAUGUUCUUAAAGAUGAAAGGGUUCAAUAUUGGAUUGAGAAUUACAGAAAUUUAUUAGAUGCCUGGAGGUUUUGGCACAAACGAGCUGAAUUUGAUAUUCAUAGGAGUAAGUUGGAUCCCAGUUCCAAACCUUUAGCACAGGUGUUUGUGAGUUGUAAUUUUUGUGGCAAAUCAAUCUCCUACAGCUGCUCCUCAGUGCCUCACCAGGGCAGAGGCUUUAGUCAGUAUGGUGUGAGUGGUUCACCAACCAAAUCGAAAGUCACGAGUUGCCCUGGCUGUCGAAAACCGCUUCCUCGAUGUGCACUUUGCCUCAUUAAUAUGGGAACGCCUGUGUCUAGCUGUCCUGGCGGAUCCAAAUCAGAUGAAAAAGUAGACUUGAGCAAGGACAAAAAGUUGGCUCAGUUUAACAAUUGGUUUACCUGGUGUCACAAUUGUCGGCAUGGUGGGCAUGCUGGACAUAUGCUUAGUUGGUUCAGGGACCAUGCAGAAUGUCCAGUGUCUGCGUGCACGUGUAAAUGUAUGCAGUUGGAUACAACAGGAAAUCUGGUACCAGCAGAGACUGUUCAGCCUUGAAAUGUUACACCUAAAGAGAAACCUUCAAGUGUGGAUUUUUUAAUAGAUGUCCUCCAUAGUUCAGAAACAUACCUCAGAACAAGUCACUCAUGACUUUCCUAUAAUGGGAAAAUAAAUCAUUCUACCAGAUGAGCAAUUUGAUGUUUGAGUGAUUUUGAUGUGCUUCUUAGAGUCAAAUGCUGCUGAAAUAAACAUCAGAGCCUGGAUAUAAGUGCUGUUCAGUAGGUUAAAGUUCAUUUGAAAGAACCUUCUAGGUUUUUGUCAAAAUUAUGAAUGUAUGUAGAAGGUUUUAGAAUAAAAACAGACCUUGUGCCUGUA